GUGGUCGAUCAUCUGUAAAUAUAAACAGAAAUUGAUUCUGCUGGUUGGCUAUUUGAUCGUGCGGUGAUAAAAAUGGGACGUAAAACUUGUUGUGUGCCGGGAUGUUUCAGCACUUCCACCGCCGGAAGGAAGUCUUUUUUUCAAAUCGUAGAAACACACAGAGAUACGGCUGCCUGGAAACGAUUUUGCAAUGUCGCAAACCUACCGGAAAGCAGUGUUAUUUGUGAAGAUCACUUUGCAAUCGAGGACUUCAUCAACGCAUCGAACAAAAGCCAGGGGUUACGACGGAAUGCUGUACCGUGCCUCCGAGGAGUUUGUCUCGCGGAUGUCACUGAAAAUGAUUCAAUGGACUUCGAAAGCAAUUGUUACGCGCAAGAAAAUGAUAGCUUUUCUGAAACAGGAGAUGCUAUGGAAGUGGCAGCGGAGCUAGAAAUUGAGUCGAGCUGUUCGCCCGAUCUGCGUCAAGAGACUGUAUCGACUGAUAAGGUUUACCUGGCGCACACUGGGAUAAAAGCAAAAUCCCUUCCGGAAGACGAGAAGCUCGUUUCGAUAUUUUUCGACGAAAUGGCUAUCACGGACAGAAUUUCCUACUUUGGGAAUGCCCAACCGGACUAUUUCACAGGAUUUAAAACGAGGUUACCUGGUGCAAAUUAG